AUGGACAUUCCCAACGCGGUCGGCGGGCAGCGCGUGCUGAUCGCCGCGUUCGCGCUGCCGCUUACGCUGGACUUUCUGGAAGAACAUAGCAGCCCUGGUGAGCUUGUGAAAGACCCGAUAUCCGUGCUGUCGUCGCCGGUGCCGAAACAUGCGAAUACAGGGCAUAUGGCGCACGUCUUAGCGAGCCGACUGCAGCGGGAGGUCGAGCAAGACGCCCAGUCUGGGACGUCGGCACCGACUGUCAAGUCGCCGCAUCUCAGUACAGGUACAUCGUCGCGCAAGCAGAGCACGAACCAGCGCGAACACGUAUCCAUGGCCGAGCUCAUGGCCGAAGCGUCCGGCUCAGGGACCGCCUACUUGCAGCCGCAUGAGUCGGCGGUGAUGAGUGGCCCCCCCUCGCCACAGUCGCACAGGGCAAGUGCUGGAAGCUUGAGCAUGGCAAAUGCAGAGCCAGAGUUGGCCGCGAUGUACAGCGACCAUGGCCGGAGCGCGAGCGGGGAAUUUGCGCCGCCCCGCAUUCCUCGGUCGAGGCCCGAGAACCCAUCUAGUGCGCCAGGUGCACAGUCGAGACAAGGCGCACAAGGUGCGCACCCCAAGCGCGAUACAAACGUGACUCCUCCUGUGAGCAGCAUCAUUUCAGACAUGGCGGCAAAGAGCAAUUUGGCGUCCCAAAUCGGCACGCCGAAAGAGCCGCAGAACCCCUUUGUAAUGGAAGGCACGGCGCAUAAAAAGGUGCCAAGUACCUCUUGGCCGCACUCUGCGCCCCUCCUUAAAGGCUCCCCCAACGUCUUGGAAGGCUGGAGCGACUUGAUGCGCCAAGACGACGCCACGAUUCUCUCCCCCGAACUUCCCCAGACGCACGACGACGCAGCACCGUUCGCUUAUGCCGUCAAAAAGGCGGUGAAGCAGCUCCAGGUGCUGCCAAGCGGGCGUGUCACAGUGUCUGAGGAGGAGCGCCAGCGAACCGAGGCGCAGUAUCGCGAAGAGGCCGCCUUGGAUAAGAGCAGCUCUGGCACUGUGCCGCGCCGCCCCCGUAUCCGGCACAGGACAUCCCUGCGCCACACGCGCCGGUCGCGAAGCACGUCUGUUUCGUACCGCACGCCGAUUGAGAGUGUCGAAGAGGGUUUGAUGCAGUUCAAGUUUUUGCCGAACCCCGGUGCAAACUACGGCCUGAUCAAUGCGGUGAACAGCGUCGGUCGUGAUCGCUUCCCCAACGGCAAGCUUUUUAUCGGCACGCUUGGCAUCGAGAUGGACAGUGUGCCGGACCGCGUGCGCGAGGAUAUCAAUGACCGCGCGCUUAGAGAGCACGACUGCGCACCUGUGUGGGUGAGCGACCACGACCAUGUCCACAGCUACCACCAUUAUUGCAAGCAGAUCCUUUGGCCUACUUUCCACUACACUUUGCCGACUGGAAAAGGGCUGGAAUCCGAGGAGGACGCAUUCCGCUCCUACGUUGCCGUCAACCAGCACUUUGCUGACCGCAUCGUCGAGCUGUACCAAGACGGGGAUGUGGUUUGGGUCCAGGACUACCAUCUUCUGCUUGUCCCUGGCAUGGUUCGCGAGCGGCUUCCACGCGCAACCAUUGGCCUCUUUGUGCACAUUGCCUUCCCGUCCAGCGAGCUUUUCCGGUGUUUGGGGAUGCGCAAAGUGCUGCUGCAAGGCAUGCUUGGCUCUGAUUUGGUGAGCUUCCAAACGCACACCUACUGCCGCCACUUUCGCCAGACGGUCAGUCGGAUCCUGCACCUCGAAGGCGGCACGCGCGGCAUCCAGCUCGACUACUCGUUUGUCACUGUCGCGCCAUUCCCGAUUGGAAUCGAUGUGCACGCGCUCAAUAGAAAGCGCGAGAACCCCACGGUGAAAGAGUGGAUCGAGCGUCUCGAAGAGCGGUACAUGGGCAAGUACUUGAUUGUCGGCCGCGAUAAACUGGACUGGAUCAAAGGCGUGCGGGAGAAGCUGCUUGGUUUCGAGGUGUUUCUCGACGAGUACCCCGAGUGGGUCGGCAAAGUAGUCCUUGUACAGGUGGCGCUCGCGACUGCCCAGGAAAGCAAGGAGGUGGGCGAUGCUACCGAUAUCGUUGCGCGCAUCAACCGCAAACACAGCACACUCACCUACCAACCAGUUGUCUUUUUGCAUGUCCAGGAGAUCACCUUUGGCCAGUACCUCGCGCUCCUCUCUCGUGGCGAUGUUUUUCUCGCGACGAGUCUGCGCGAGGGCAUGAAUCUCACUUCGCACGAGUACAUCAUCGCCCAGGACGUGCGCAAACGGCCGCUGGUCCUCUCCGAGUUCACAGGCACCUACGCGACGCUCCGUGCGUGCAUCGGCAUCAACCCGUUCAACACACGCCAGGUCGCGAGCGCCAUCCAGCGCGCCUUGGUGAUGUCCGAAGAAGAGAUGCGCGAGCGCUGGACCGACUUGCACCACACCGUCGUGACCCAAACAGCCCAGCACUGGAUCACCUCGGUGCUCAGCCAUUUGAAGCGCGCAAGGCAGCGCCAGCCCAAUCUCGAAAACCUCUUUAUCCCCCGGCUGGAUAUCUCGCAGCUUGUUUCGGAGCUGCGCGCCGCACAGUCGCGUCUGAUUCUGCUGGAUUUGGAAGACUGUCUGGCGGUGGAGGAUGCCAUUGCUUUGCACAAGCAGGGGUUCCAGCCGCUUGACAGAAUGCUGCACAUGCUUGCACGCCUCGCCAGCGACGCACGCAACUACGUCUACGUGUUCAGCGGCAAGUGCAGGCAAGACCUGGACAGGAUUGCACAACACGUGCCGGACAUUGGCCUGAUUGCCGAGCACGGAUGCUACCUGCGACAGUACAGCGUGAGUGGCGCCACUACAUGGACGUCGCUUAUCGACGGCUUCAGCCUGGAAUGGCAGGCUCCCGUGCUCGACAUUCUGCACGACUUUGCCAAGCGCACGCCCGGAAGCUGGAUUGUCGAGCGCGAAGCUUCUGUCUCCUUGCACUAUAGCCAAGAGCAAGAGACGACGACAGACGCAGAGCGUGAAUGGACCGCGCGGCAAGCGGCUGAGGUGCAGAGCUUGAUCUACGACUCCCUUGGCGAGAGGUACUCGCUCCGCAUUCUCCGUGGCGACGCGAGCUUUACCGUGAUGCCCAAGACAGUGAGCAGGACAACGGCAGUGCAGUACUUGCUGACGUUGGACGCCAUGGGCGCACUGCCGAGCAGGACGCUGCGCGACGAGAGGAAGGCCGACGUUGCAUGUGCCACGCAGAAAGGCAUUUUUUCCCUCGUGCUGCAGAUCGGCACGGACGAAAACAUGAUUGCUUUUCUCAACCAGCUCGACGUGACCUUUGCGCCCUACACCUGCACGACGCGCGAAAUGUCGCAAAAGCCGCUGUCUGGGGCUGCCUACCAGCUCCGUCCUGGCGCCGAGGUGGACAACGCGCUGGAAGAGAUUAUUGACUUGCGCGAGCGCGAUUCGCGCUGGGGCGAGCGCAGUGUGUGGGAUGUAUAG